AUGACCGACUACACCGUCAACCGCCCCGGCGACGCCGUUCCCCUCUCCCCCACCUACCAACGGUACCCCACUAGCCUCGGAACGCCGCUUAGCCCGUUCCCCGCAGACUACGUCGGCGCUCUUACCGGCGCGCUUGGCCAGCUCGACAUCAACGCGGCGAUGCGUUCGUUUGACGGCCUGAACCUGACGCCGCCCGACGGCCCGAGUGGAGGUCACUCGCCCGACUUUACCAACCCCGACGUGGCCCGCCAGUUCCUCAGCGGCGUGCCCGCGGGCUUUGGUCAGCCUGGGACCGGUGCAGCCUUCCCGGCCUCGCUCGGUAGCGUUCUGCCCAACGGCAACAUUGGCAUGCAGAACAACGUUCAGUCGGUCAGCCCCGGCAACGGUGUUCCCAACCCGUACCUCAACUACGCUGUCAUGCCCGGUUUCCCUGUCAUGCAGACUGGGUUCGGCGGACCGUUCUCCAACCGCAUGACUGGCAACUAUGGCCCUGCCGCUGCCGCUGCUGCCGCCGCCGCUGCCGGAAACCUCACUGGCCGCACCGUGUACAUUGGCAACAUUCCUGACGAUGCCUCGGCCGACGAGCUGCUCAACCUUGUUCGUUUCGGUCCCAUUGAGAGCGUCAAGAUUCUGUCCGACAAGAGCUGCGUCUUCAUUUCGUUCCUCGACGGCUCGACUGCCGCUGCGUUCUACGCCGACGCUGCUGUCAAGAAGCUCGCGCUUCGCGGCCAGGAGCUCCGCAUUGGAUGGGGCCGCGAGUCCAACCUCCCGACCUCGGUGGCCAUUGCUGUCCAGUACAACUCGGCCACGCGUAAUGUGUUUAUCGGCGGUCUCACCGACGAUGACACUGAGCAGACCCUCCGUGCCGACCUCGUCCGCUUUGGUGACAUUGACCAGAUCAAGAUUGUGCGCGACAAGAACAUUGCGUUUGUGCACUUUUUGUCCAUCUCGGUCGCCAUGAAGGUCGUCAACGCCCUCCCGCGCGAGCCCUCGUACAAGAACAAGCGUGUCAGCUACGGCAAGGACCGCUGCGCCUAUGUUCCCCGCGCUCAGCAGGCUGCUGUUCGCCAGGCCGUCGCCCAGGCCGCCGCUGCUGUCCAGUCCCACACUGGCCAGGUCAACAGCGGCUUUGGCUUCUCCUCGCCCAACUUUAGCACCGGCUUUGGCGGUGCUGGCUUUGACGCGUCGUCGGGCUUCAGCGGCGCUGCGUUUGGCACCAGCGGCUUCAUGGACCCCUCGCAGGUCGGCAACCGCUCGAUCUACCUGGGCAACAUUGGCACCGAGACGACGGUCGAGGAGCUGUGCAACAACAUUCGCGGCGGUGUGCUUGAGACCAUCAAGCUGCUCCCCGAGAAGAAGUGCGCCUUUGUCACCUUUGUCGACCCCAACGCUGCCCUGCAGUUCUACCGCCACAGCGAGCAGAACCCCAUCACCAUUGCCGGCCGCCGCCUGCGUGUUGGCUGGGGCAAGGCCCUCGCGCCCGUCUCCCCCAAGCUCCUCCAAGAGGUCAACUCUGGCGUGAGCCGCAACGUCUACAUUGGCCAGAUCACCGACUUUGAGAUCUUCUCGGUCGACAAGCUCCGCACCGACUUUACAGAGUACGGAGACAUUGAGCUGGUCAACUUCCUCAAGGAGAAGCAUGCCGCGUACGUCAACUUUACGUCCAUCGAGGCGGCCCAGAAGGCCAUUACCGGCAUCAAGGCAAAGUCCGACUAUGCGGGCCUGCGCAUUGCCCACGGCAAGGACCGCUGCGGCUACCCUCCCCGCCAGCCGCGCACUCCCGGCGCCCGCCGCGACAUUUCUCCCCGGGCGAGCGACAACGACCCCGUCGCGGCUGCCAUUGCCGCCGCCGAGGCAUCCGCCACUGCCGGCUCCGUCAGCGGUGGUGCGUACGACGACGCCGCCUCGAACGAGUCGGCCGGCGGUGUCCCCUCGGCUCCCCCGUCCCCGCCCCCCGAGUAA